GGAGGCGUUUUGUCCGUUGCGCCACGCCGUAGGCCGCCGUCUCGCCUGUGCGCCGGCGGACCCGAAGGAUGUCGCUGCUGCGGUCGCUGCGCUUCUUCCGGGCCGCGUGCACCGGCCACUCGGCGAGGACCGCCCUGCUUCAGCCGUCGCAGCCAUGGCCCACGUUUCACGCGGGUCCCUCGAUGUCGUCGUCUUCGGCCUCCAGCAAGGAGCUGCUCAUGAAGCUACGGCGGAGGACAGGCUACUCCUUUGUCAAUUGCAAGAAGGCUCUGGAGACCUGCGGCGGCGAUCUCAAACAGGCAGAGGCCUGGCUGCACAAGCAGGCGCAGAAGGAAGGCUGGAGCAAAGCUGCCAAACUCCAGGGGAGAAAGACGAAAGAAGGCUUGAUUGGGUUGCUGCAGGAAGGGAACACGGCUGUCUUAGUAGAGGUAAACUGUGAGACAGAUUUUGUCUCCAGAAACUUAAAAUUCCAGCAGUUGGUCCAGCAAGUAGCCCGGGGAACCAUGCUGCACUGCCGGAACCUGAAGGACCAGCUCUCCACCUACAGUAAGGGCUUCCUGAACUCCUCUGAGCUCUCUGAACUUGCAGCUGCCGACAGGGAAGGCUCGCUCAAGGAUCACUUGGCCUUAGCGAUCGGGAAACUGGGAGAAAACAUGACUCUUAAGCGAGCUGCCUGGGUGAAGGUGCCGUCUGGGUUCUACGUCGGCUCUUACGUGCACGGGGCGAUGCAGAACCCCUCCCUGCACAACCUGGUGCUGGGAAAGUACGGGGCCCUGGUCAUCUGCGAGACCCCCGAGAAGGUCAGAAACCUGGAGGAGGUUGGCCGCCGCUUGGGGCAGCAUGUGGUGGGCAUGGCCCCUCUGUCUGUGGGCUCCUUGGAGGAUGAGCCUGGAGGGGACACAGAGACCAGGAUGCUGCCGCAGCCGUACCUGCUGGACCCUUCCAUCACCCUGGGACAGUACGUGCAGCCCCAGGGCGUGACUGUCGUGGACUUCGUGCGCUUCGAAUGUGGGGAAGGCGAAGAGGCAGAGGCAGCAGAGGCUGAAUAGGGUUUUGGCCUUGGUGGAAAUACUUAGUUUAGGUCUGGAUCUUCUUAUAAGAAGCCUUAAUCCCAACACUCGGGAGGCAGAGGUAGGUGGAUUGCUGUGAGUUCGAGGCCAGCCCGGUCUACAAAGUGAGUCCAGGACAGUCAAGGCUACACAGAGAGACCCUGUCUUGAAAAGAACAAAACAAGAA